AUGUCGACGAAUGUGAAAAAAAAACGCACAAAUGUGACAACAAUGCAAAAUGCACCAACACUCCAGGUUCAUUCAGCUGCCAGUGUCAACAUGGUUACACAGGAGAAGGACGGAAAUGCGAAGAUGUCGACGAAUGUGAAAAAGGAACGCACAAAUGUGACAACAAUGCAAAUUGCACCAACACUCCAGGUUCAUUCAGCUGCCAGUGUCAACAUGGUUACACAGGUGAAGGACGGAAAUGCGAAGAUGUCGACGAAUGUGAAAAAGGAACGCACAAAUGUGACAAAAAUGCAAAAUGCACCAACACUCCAGGUUCAUUCAACUGCCAGUGUCAACGUGGUUACACAGGAGAAGGACGGAAAUGCGAAGCUGAAUGCCCUCUUGGGUGGAGAAAUUCGAUGGACUCUGCUUUAUAUAUGGCGUUUUGACAUCAUGGAAUAA